AUGUCUGGUCGUGGAAAAGGUGGCAAGGGACUCGGCAAGGGCGGUGCUAAGCGCCACCGGAAGAUCUUGCGUGACAACAUCCAGGGUAUCACGAAGCCCGCUAUCCGACGCCUGGCCCGUCGCGGAGGUGUCAAACGUAUUUCCGGUCUUAUUUAUGAAGAGACCCGAGGUGUACUCAAGAUCUUCCUUGAGAAUGUCAUUCGUGACUCUGUUACCUACACGGAGCAUGCUAAACGGAAAACUGUCACUGCCCUCGAUGUAGUCUAUGCUUUGAAGCGCUCGGGGCGCACACUUUAUGGUUUCGGAGCAUAA